GUGAAUGGGUUCAUUAAGUACACACCAUGCAAACCUUUGGGCCUUUGGUUUGGACCAUUAAGAAAAAAAGGAGAUCGCUGGUUUGAAUCCUGAUCAUGCAGCUUGCCAUCAGCAAAGGGUGAUGUGGAUCAGCACAAGGCUGCAUCUGUGAGCUGAUGUAUCAGAACCGAGUCGCUGCACUGUGAUGGAUGCUAAUGCUGCAUCGGCAGCAGUUCAAAGAACUAAGAAAGUUCACAUGGGAUGGAGGAGGUGUAUGUGCUUGUUUUUAAUCUACAGCUUGUAUCACAUUAAAAUCUCUGUCUCUUUACUCUCAUCUCUUUACGAUGAUUCUGAGCAUGAUGCUUUGGGGAAAUGCUUUGGAACAAGCACUUCUUUAGUUGGGAUGGGUGUGUUGGAGCACUAAAGCAGGGAAAGCAGUAAAAAUGCUCCUCCAGGACCAGGACUGGGACUGGGAACCACUGUAGAAACUCAUGUGACCUCAGCAGGCCCAGUAUGUAGGUGGGUUACCAGGACACCAUGAAAACAUGUAUCCAUAGCACUCAAUCUCAUCGCGGUGAUUCACGAUGACCCCUAACGCUUUGUGUAAUCAGCUGUGCUGGUAUUCUGUGUCCGCAGGGCCGGGCCCCGGGCGCUACGCUCUCCCCCCCACCAUCGGUUACGUAAACCAUGACUACACCAAGCCCAGCAGCCCGGCGUACUCCUUCCACAGCCGCCUGAGCAGCAACAUGGUGUCGGUGGACUCCAGUCCGGGCCCUCAGUACCACGUGGAGGCCAAAAUAACGCGCUUUGGAAGAGACGGCACUCCAUCCUACUCAAUGCUGGGUAGAAAAAAGCUUUCUGCCGGCACAUUCCAAACACCUGGUCCAGGAGCGUACAGUCCAGAGAAGGCUCCUCCUCUGAACGGCCAUCGCCAGCCACCCUCCUACACCAUGGCUUACCGCACCCGCUACCGCAGCGUAGACGCCAUCCCCGCGCCAAACAGCUACACCCUCCCCAACCUGCUGGGCUCGCAGAUACCCAACAAGUCCUCCAGCGCCAGCUUCUCCAUGUCUUCCCGCAGAAAGUCCGGAGGUCCAUCCGAGGACCUGGCCAUGACUCCCGGCCCCGGACACUACAACAGCACGGAGCCCAGCAUCUACCUCAACAGACAGCCCUCCUUCUCCAUCCAGAGCCGCCACAGCAUCCCCAGCGACGCCACCCGCAAACCCGGCCCAGGAACGCACAGCCCGGAGAGAGUCAUAGCCCACCUGCCUCGCCCACCCUCCUUCUCUCUGGGCGUGAGACAUUCUGAGUUCGUCACGCCUCUCGUUAUCGAUGCAACUGACUGAA